UUCUAAGGGUGAAAAAUAUUUCGGUCACGGUCUAGCAAAAUCGAUUUUCCCGUGUUUCCACGGAGUGUCACUUAUGAUGUGCCUGUAGGAAGCCGCGUCCACGAUCCAGCACGUAAAUACCAAACAAGUUCCGUUAGAAAUUGAAAAAUAACAACAAAUAUUUUUAUCUUAGAGAUUUUAUUGUGGCUGUAUACGUUUUAAUAGAAAAAUAUUCGUAGAAAAAGGGCGUGAACGUUCAUCGGAUCGAGGAAGAGGUCGUAUCCGUUAUGACGUUGCGGCGGUGAGAUGGAAGGUAUUCCGAUGGAGCCAAUAGGCAAAUACAAAGCCGACAGGAACGGUUCAGCGAAAGCAGCGGCCUGGCGUAAUAUGGUCGAUCAAGAUCUGGAUGACGUGGCAUUUCUAGCUGACACAGAUAAGGCGCGUGAAGCCAGAGAGCUCCGCGACGCUCCCGUGGCCGUCUGCUCACAGCGCCGAGCGGUUUGCCUCACCAUUCUGGCCUUCGCGACGAUCUUCGCCACGUCCUUGCUGGUCGUGUACGCUAGUCCACAGCCGGAAUGUCCGUGUGCUGAGGAAACGACUUUAAUAGUUGGACAGCCACCGACGGACGCGGAUAACGUGGCUUCAUCAGCUAACAAAGAACGCAUCGCUAGCAACGGCGCGGUGUUCCCGUGGCGCGGUGCAAGGUUGCCAACGUUCGUGAUACCAAAGCACUACAGUCUGUGGCUGCAUCCGAAUCUUACUACGGGCGAAUUGAGAGGUGAAGUUUCGAUUGACCUGAAGGUGGACAGAGACACCACGUUUGUGGUGCUCAACGUGAGAGACAUGAACGUGACCGAACGGGCGCUCUUCAAGUCGGGAGGAUCUCUGGGACCGAAAAUCUCUAGGGUCUUAGAUUACCCGCAAGCCGAUCAGACUUACAUUGAAUUUAAGGAGAAAAUACGAAGAAAAUAUAACUACACAUUGAGUUUGCGUUUCAUCACGAGAUUGGAGAGGAGUGACAAGCAGAGAGGCUUCUUCUUGACCGGAAACCAAAGACAUCGCUGCGCUGUCUCCAGAUUUUGGUUGACCCACGCACGAUCCACUUUCCCUUGUUUCGAUGAGCCCAAUUUAAGGGCCAGCUUCAAGCUGACCAUAGUGAGAGACAGAUUCCACGUGUCUCUUACGAACAUGCCCAUAGUUGCGACAGAAGAAGCGGGAUUCUAUCUUGGACACAGACUCCUCCAGGACGAAUUCGCCACCUCGCCCCCCAUGCCCCCCCACAUGGUGGCGGUGGCGGUCUGCCGUCUCCAAAGAGCGUCAGCACCGACACCGGACGCUAACACAACGGACGCCACCGAAGCGGAGACCGACGGAGACACCAGCACGGCACCAGAGAUCAGCCUUUAUACUGACCACCCGAGCAUAUUACAGGAGAGCGGGCCGCUUUUAGAAUGGUUGCAGAAAACCAUCCAGCAAUUCAGUUACGAGUUGAACACGUCGUAUCCUCUACCGAAAUUCGAUGUUGUGGUGGUUGACAGCGCCAACCACUAUUCAGAAGGUUGGGGCCUCAUCACUCUCGCGCCAGCUACUUUAUCUGACACCAAAACUAUAGCAAGACUUUUGGCACAGCAGUGGUUCGGAGGCCUAGUCUCUCCAAGAUGGUGGGCGUCGCAGUGGCUGAUGGAAGCCCUAACAUCGCUAAUAGCUGAAAAAGCACCGCCCUUCAAAGAUUCCGCCCUGAAGCAAGAAGAAGCUUUGCUGCUCGACCAUGUUCUGCCAGCACUGAGAUUAGACUCCGGAAGUACAGUUCGGGCGGUCGCGGCAUUAAGACUCGAACGCGCUGACAUCGAGUCGGCUACGGAUGAACUCUCUCUACACAAGGGUGCUGCCAUAGUUAGUAUGGCAAUCGAAGCAGCCGGUGAGGAGACUGGUAGAGCAGCACUCGCACGGCUGUUGCGCGAUCACCGCUAUGCCAGCGCCGACGCCAGAGAUUUAUGGCGGGCGUUGCAACGUGACAACCCUGACGAUGCAUCGGUGCAGGCCCACGCGUGGGACGGCUGGUGCGAGAAGCCAGGGUAUCCGUUGCUGAGCGCGACGACAGUCGGAGAUGACGUCAUUCUCAAACAGGAAAGGUUCCUGAUGACGGCCGAACCACCGCCCCCAGAACCUCCAAUGCUGAACGACCUCCUCACUCAGGACUUGAGAGCUGAUCUCGAAGCAUUGUUCUUUGAUCCAGAAAACUACACGGACGCUACCGAAGAGGACUACAAUGCCACCACCACGACCACCCCACUCCCGACCACCACCACCAAGAAGCCGUCGCCGAAGACGACGAAGCUGCCGCCACCGAAAUGGAUUAUCCCGAUUACCUUCACCGUUGGUCCCCUGGAAGCAGACCCGGAGGAAAUCCACACAAUGCACAACGGAACUUGGUACGACAUUGGAAACGAGACAAAGCCGCUUCAGACAUCGCGAUGGACGGAGAACACGACGCAUCUCGUCUGGAUGAACGAUACCGAAAUGGUCAUACCGGAUCUAGGUAAACACAAAUGGAUCAGAUACAACGUCGGGGCUCGUGGACUGUACCGGGUCGCGCCACAGGACCGAGCUGGGGAGGAGGCUUCCGAUGCUGCUCGCGUUUACGAUGGCGCUUCGGCCGCUGAAAGAGCCUUGAUUUUAGAUGAUGCCUUCGUCCUGAGCCGAGCCGGGAGACUGCCGGCCAGUCGAGCCAUAGUCGUAGCUGCCCGCAUCCGGGGUGAACAGCACUGGGCUCCAUGGCGAGUGGUCCUCUCGCACAUGUCGUGGUGGCGCGAGUUGCUCAGGGAAGGGGCAGCCGCUCCCGCCCUAGCGCGUCUGCUGACCACACUGCACCCGCCGAUCGCGCUGCGUCACCAACGCGACGCCGACUCCGACGAUCACUUAUGGCUGCGCGGAGCCCUCCUCGCGUCCGGAGUGGAGUGGGGCAAUCAAGGGAUCACGAACGAAGCCGUACAGUUGUUCGACCUCUGGAUGGAGAAAAAUCACACGAUACCGGAAAUAUACCAGGAGGCGGCGUUCACUGCGGGCGUUCGGACACACGGGCGGGUCGCGUGGCGGGCGUGCUGGCGAGCACUCGUGGACUCGUAUUCGGCGCCGCGCCCUACAUACAGCCACAGAGCCCUGCUGGCGGCACUCGCGUCGCCCGAAGACGACUGGCUGUUCUACAGGUUCGCGUUCACCGUCCUCUCGACGGAGGCUCAGCGCGGCCGCGACUGGACUGAGUGGAUCACCGCACUCUACACGAGCACAUGCAGAUGGCGCGGCGCUGCUGGCAUUUGGAGGAUCCUGAGGCCUGAAACCUCGCUACCAGCGUCGGCGCUCCAAGCAGCCGCCCGCUGUCUCCACCAGCCCUACGACUAUUAUCGGUUUAAGGAGUUGUUCGGUGAGCUUCGAGACUCGCAAUCGUGGCUGGACACGAUAGCCCUGAACGCUGCCUGGGUGUCCAAAGCGGAUUCGGACCUGGCCCGAUACUUCGCGACCCUACACGACCCACAGAGCCAUUAGAUUAAAUCGCCACAAAUUCGAAUAACCAAACUUGACUUUAAAAAUAUCGGUUGUUUGUAAAGUCGGUUUACUGACGAUAGUUGAACGUGACAACGUCAUAAGAAAAUACUGAUGGAAUGGUUUCAUGGUUC